AUGCUGCGUGCUGGUCGAAUUACUUUGCAAUCCUUUCGCCUGAUUACUACAAGAACGAAACCAGUCAACAAUCAGACGUUACUGAGUCGGAAGGCGUCUUCUGUGUCCGUCUCAGAAGCUCGUGCUGUCGAACCGAUAGCAUCCGUGGGAGUUGUACCUGUGGGUGACUCGAAUGGCAAUUUCAGCACCAAGUCGCGAAAGCAACAUCUACUGAUUAAUACUAGAGCUGAGCUGCACAAAGCUCAGAGGAUAGUCGUUAAACUAGGCAGCGCAGUGAUCACUCGAGAGGAUGAAUGCGGCUUGGCACUCGGCAGGCUGGCAUCUGUGGUUGAACAGGUUGCCGAGCUGCAACAAUCCGGUCGUCAAAUGUUGAUCGUCUCAUCGGGAGCCGUAGCAUUCGGUAGGCAAAAGUUGCGACAAGAGCUCGUCAUGAGUAUGAGUAUGAGACAGACUCUGAGAGGUCCAGCUGGAAUCACUGCUGACAAACGUGCUUGUGCUGCAUCAGGAAUGCCCGGAUUGAUGUCACUUUAUGAGCAGCUUUUUCAGCAGUACGGAAUUACUGUGGCUCAGGUUUUACUAACAAAACCAGACAUCGAUGAUCCUCAACGGCGUAAGAAUUUGCAAGCGACUAUUGAAAGCCUUCUCUCGCUCAACAUCAUUCCUAUUGUUAACGCUAACGAUGCCGUUGCACCGGAUCCGAAACUGAAUAUGCAUAUAUCUGACAACGACUCGCUGGCCGCGCGAUUGUCGGCUGAGAUAGAGGCUGAGCUUCUCAUCAUCCUCUCAAACGUCAAUGGAGUAUACACAGGACCUCCUGAUAUGGAAGGAUCGCGUCUUCUUCACACAUUCGUCCCAUCUGAAGAUGCGGGAGUCGUAUUUGGAGCAAACAGCAAAUUUGGAACAGGUGGAAUGGAGAGCAAGGUGAAUGCUUGUGUGAAAGCCUUGGACAACGGCGUUACAACGGUGAUCACAAACGGUUUGUCGACUGACGCUAUCACUGAUGCCGUAAAAGGCAAGAAAAUUGGUACCAUGUUCUGUCGGACUCACAGCUAUGAAGGACCGCCAGUUGAAGAGAUGGCAAGCAAAUGUCGUGACUCCGGCCGUAAAUUGGCCUCUCUAACGAACGCAGAGAGGGCCGCAAUGGUUAGACAUCUUGCUCAUCUACUCGUACAAAGAGAAGAUGAUAUAAUGGACGCCAAUCGAGCUGACCUGAAUCACGCUCAAAAUAACGGUAUUGAUGUCCAACUCUUAAAUCGCCUACAAAUGACUAAGGCUAAAAUUAUGGACCUCCACAGUGGCUUGAACACAAUCGCAGAUUCGGCUGAAACUCUUGUUGGACGAUGCUUGCGAAGGACUAAAAUCAGUGAAAACCUGUAUCUGGAGCAGGUCACAGUGCCGAUUGGCUCGCUAAUGGUCAUUUUCGAAUCGCGUCCCGAUUGUUUGCCACAGUCAUAUUCAUUAUUUCCGGUCGCAUCGUUGGCAAUGGCAUCUGGCAACUCCCUUCUUCUCAAAGGCGGUAAAGAAGCUGAAGAAAGUAACCGAAUGCUCCACAGUAUUGUUCAGGAAGCUCUUGGCACUCAUGGCUACGAAAUGCGUGACGCUGUGACAUUGGUACGAAGCCGAGAAGACGUCGCCGAACUUCUUCAACUCAAGGGUCUGAUUGAUCUUGUGAUUCCUCGUGGAUCAUCCGAUUUAGUACGAUCAAUGCAGGAGAAAAGCAAAGGGAUCCCCGUACUAGGACACGCUGAAGGAAUUUGUCACGUUUACCUUGACAAGGAAUUGGAUGAACAGAUGGCCAUUGAUAUUGUACGUGAUUCGAAAUGCGACUAUCCAUCAGCCUGCAACGCAGCUGAAACGAUUCUCAUUCACAAGGAUCUUCUUGAGCUCCUUCUUUCUUCGAUCAACUAUGUGUGA